CAAACAUCAAUUGAAUUGACGAGUCCUUCCACUCCUCGGCUUCACGAGGCGCAUAAAUCGAUUGCAGGCCACGGGUAGCUAUUUCUUCAUCUUUUGGUAUUUAUAUAAGGUAAGCCUGACUCCCAGAACUCAUAAUCUCCACGGCCUUGGCGGCCUCCGCUUGGGCUUUCAGCUAUCGAGCGACAGCCUCAAGCAGACGGCCCUCGCUGCACACUUUUCAUCUUAUGGUAGGGCUCCACGGGUAUCCAUUCCUUCGAUUGAUAACGCAAUUAGAUAGGCAACUUGAUGUUUUUCCUCUUCUCGGCUUCCCUAUUACCUAUAGCUUCCUUGAUGAAUAGUAGAGGGGAAAGUCUUGCUGCCAGGCAGUGUCUACUUUCCAAGGUGAUGUAUAUCCCCCUUGUUCUGAAGAAAAACUUAAGUAGGUUUUGGUUACCAGAGCGACGGCCAGUGUCGAGGCUCAGAACUACACACGAGCCAUCACCCCACCUAUCCUCUGAACAUGAUAAGACAAUUUAGGAUUAUUUAACCUCCUAACCAAGUCGAACUAGGAAGAGCAAGAAGGUUAUUUGGAACUUCUUAUUGAAACUUGUUGGAUAGUGAAGGUAUAGGAGGGCGCCAAGAGUCAUCCAGCUUCGCCUUGCAGUCUAGCAUUGAGACUCUCUAUGAAUCUUUUGCGAUUCGUCUUCCUGUCCUCGGGGUUUGAUACCUAAGAAAAACAACGACCUCACUCUAAGCUCAAUUCAUCUCUCAACUUCUGCUUGUUAUUCAAUGAUGAUCACAAGCCUAGUAUUCACUCCUAGAAUAGAAUCAAACAAGUACGCACCUGGUCAAUGUUGAACAUAUCCUCUAGACUAGUCUAUUUCUUCACGCUGCUUCAUAUGUAACAGGGCCUUGGACUGCGACUCAGCCAAGCAAAGAGCAAGCUUUUGUCUGCGGACGCAUACGACGUCCGUCAACACCGUAGGCGGUUAUUACAGCUUGAGACCACGAG